GAAAGCACACACACGAAGCGAAAAGGUCACCAAAUACUCACUCUCCCAAAAUUACUUUCGACACUGGGCGCCUCCCCCCUGUACUUCUGCUUCGCAGCAGCAGGUUGUCAGCUUACCCUGGAGGAACUGUGGGAUGCUGCUGAACACACCCUUUGCGUUUCGUUGUCUGUUCACAUCAGCGUUAACCGAGGGGCCGAGGAGCAUCUGAACCUUCACCAAAUAUGUGGCGUAGUACCGGCUGACCGCUUCUGCUUGAGGUAACUGUGAUGGCAGGGUCAAAGAUGUCUUUGGUGCUGGCUGUGGUGUGGGUCCUCUCGGUGCUGCUGACAGGAGAAACCCACGCUGGGCCUGAGAUGGACCCGUACAAAAUCUUGGGAGUAACCAGGGGUGCAAGCCAGGCUGAGAUCAAGAAGGUCUACAAGCGUCUUGCAAAAGAAUGGCACCCAGACAAGAACAAAAAUCCAGGUGCCGAGGACAUGUUUAUCAAGAUUACCAAAUCUUAUGAGAUCUUAUCCAACGAAGACAAACGUGCCAACUAUGACCGUUACGGGCAGACUGAUGACACCCAGCCAUACGGCAGCGGCCGCUAUGGUCAUCGCCACGACAGCUUUUACUUCGACGAGUCUUUCUUCAACUUUCCCUUCAACAGCAAGAACCACAGAGACUUUGCUGACAGCAAGUACACACUGCACUUUAACCAGUAUAUCAGCGAUGUGGUGCCUGACAGCUACAAGAGACCAUACCUGAUAAAGAUCACCUCCGACUGGUGCUUCAGCUGCAUCCACAUCGAGCCCGUCUGGAAAGAGGUGGUGCAGGAGAUGGAGACUCUAGGUGUCGGAAUAGGUGUGGUGGAUGUUGGCUAUGAGAGGCGGUUAGCCAAUCACCUCGGUGCUCAUCGCACCCCAUCAAUACUUGGAGUCAUCAACGGCAAAGUGACGUUUUUCCAUUACGCUGUUGCAAAGGAGCAUCUGAAGCAGUUUGUAGAGGACCUUCUUCCUCAGAGACUCGUGGAGCGGGUCACCGACAAAAACGACCUGCAGUUCUUGAACAGCUGGCAUGAGCUCAACAAGCCACACGUGCUACUGUUCGACCAAGUGCCUGUAGUUCCUCUGCUGUACAAACUGACAGCUUUUGCUUAUAAGGAUUACUUGCAGUUUGGCUACGUGGACCAGGGCCUUUCAGAGACUGUCAAUCUGCAGAAACAGUUCAACAUCAACACUUAUGCUCCAACCAUGCUGGUGUUCAAAGAGAACAUUGACAAACCUGCUGACAUUAUACAGGCCAAAGGAAUGAAAAAGCAAAUUAUCGAUGAGUUCAUGUCAAACAACAAAUUCCUCCUUGCGCCGAGGCUGGUCAAUCAGAAACUCUUUGAUGAGCUUUGUCCUGUCAAACAGUUCCACAGGCGCAGGAAAUACUGUGUCCUACUGAUCACACGUGACGAAGAGACCUUUUCUUUUGGGAACCAGGCCUUUCUUUCAUUUGCCUCCACCAACACCAAGGAAGUUGUGAGAUUUGCCUACGUGUACCAACGGCUACAGCAACCACUCUGUGACAUCCUCAUGCAAAACAAGGACAGUGCGCAGUCGCCACCACAGGUGGUGAUCCUGGAGAGGCGUAACACUGCAGGGAAGGCCUUGUUUAAGCCAGUGACCGCCUGGAACGGCAGUGAGGAAGACAAGCAGCGUCUUCUGGACGAGUUGGAGCGACUUCAGAAGGACCCGUCCAUCCUCAUCCAUGACGCCAUGCUGCCUGAGCUCAACAACGAGUUUGCCUCUAUGUUUGUAAUCCGAUGGAUCUAUGCAUCUUACGAUUACCUCUCUGAAGUCAUCGAUGAUAUUCUGCAUAAUAACUGGCGUGAGAUGAUGCCUCUUCUGUCUCUCAUCUUCUCUGCCCUGUUCAUCUUGUUUGGAACUGUGGUCAUUCAGGCCUUCAGUGAUUCAAGUGAAGAUAAACAGACAAAACCGAAGGCAAAAGAUGGAACAAAAGCAGAAAACGGGUCCCCAGGGACCAGCACUUCAAGUCGGCCCCCCAAGAAAAAUUUUGUGGAGGUGACGGAGCUGACAGAUAUCACUUACAUGAGCAACUUGGUGAAGCUGAGGCCAGGACACAUGAACAUAGUGCUGGUGCUCACUGACGCCUCCAAGAACAUCCUCCUGAGCAAGUUUGCCAAAGAGGUCUACUCCUUCACAGGGAGCCUGACGCUGCAUUUCUCCUUCCUGAACAUUGAUAAGCACAGCGAGUGGAUGAACACGCUGCUGGAAUACGCCCAGGACGCCAUGCAUAUCGAUGCAGACGAGGACGACGGUGGAAACCACAAGAUAGACUACACGGGCUACGUGCUGGCACUUAACGGCCACAAAAAGUACCUUUGCCUCUUUAAGCCCGUCUACACUGGGGAGGACCUUGACAGUAAGUCGUCCGAGGAUGAAGGGGGCACUUCAGGGGGUAGAUCGAGGUCCGGUUCCCGUGACGACCACCCACCGCGCAAAUCCAACCGAUCCCGCAGCCUGUCCACCCUGCAGAUCCACCACAAACUGGACCGCCUGGGGUUGUGGAUGGAACGGCUCAUGGAAGGCACUUUGCCUCGCUACUACAUUCCAGCCUGGCCGGGACUAGACAAGAUCACCCCCUGUAAAUAGAUGGAGCCGGAGUUCAGCAGGACUUAGUAUUUAUCUACUGUCACACAGAAACGGUUCCCCUCGUGUUCUGCUGAAGUUAGGCUAGAGCUGCCUUUUUUUGCACUUGAGAUAUUUAUAGUUAAAGAUGUCUUUAAAGUUGGGUCAAUACUACAAACUUGGCUUUAGUGCAACUACUGUGGGACAGGUCCUUUAGCGUACCCUUCUUACACUUAUCGCAUGCUGUUUUCAACUGUUGGUACUCUUUGUUUUGUUCAGGCAAAUGCUGCUGCUACAGCCUUGUGAACAGAAAAUAAAAUCACUGUGGUCACACGUACUCUCCUGCCUUCAUGACCAUCCGUCAUAUUCAGUUACACUGAAGGAGGCAGGAAAACUAUCUACUAAGUCUUUAUGAUUGAAAACUGUGAAUAGAGAUGCAUGUCUCUAACACUAAAUGUCUUUGCCUUUUUAUGCAUCUCUGCCCACUUUUUUUUUUUUUUUUUUAGUUUUAUAUUACCUCCUGGAUGCUGACUCGCUUGUGCAAUAUAGCAUACUGCUGUAAUGACAAUGCCUUUUACCUGGACCUCAAGGGUUUCUCCAUGUUCUUCCUGAUCAUGUGAUUGCAGAAAAAGAAAAAAGAAAGUACUUGUUUUGUUACAUGGAAACUGUCAGGGGCUGUGGUUCUAAAAUGUACUUCACUACAAGCGAGAAUUAUUUAGCAGCCUUGGUCUAAUUCGACAGCCUCAGUUAGCCAGUAGCUCUAUGUAGCAAACAGUUUGUCCAUUUCAUGUCCUGAAUGUUUCACAAACGGCUCAAACGAUUGGCUGAUACAUUAUCAUUAUGUCAUCUUGAAUAUAGACAAGCACAUGAAGGUGAGGUCAAACUUAGUGUGUGCUUGCUUGGUUUAUUAGCUUCUUUUGUCCACAUUAAGUGUAAAAAUUAAAAAUGUCAUUAAUAUAAUUUCGUUGGUACUACGUUAUGUAAAUACUAUACAUAAUCAUGUUAUCAAUAGGACUUAUAUUUUAAAGAGUAUGUAACUUUUAAAGAUAAGGUGAAUGUUUUACAUUUAUCGAAAUGCUGUAGUUAGUUUUUUUUCAGUUUUCUUUUUCUUGAAAGGAUUUUCUUUUACAAGUUUGUGUUAAAAAAAAAAAAAAGAUGUCUGCUACUGUCAGAUGUUUCCGUUGGUCUCCAAUAGUGCAUUUAUCCUCUUGUUGGUUGUAAUAAAAUGCUUUAUGUUUAUUAAUUAAAACAGAAAAUUAACCCGGUCACUCAGUGUUUAAUGAGAAAUAUGUUCAGGUACCUGUGGUACCUCCAUUAGCUCAUAUCCAUCAAGGUUUAGACCACGGCGGCCCUGGAAAAUCUCAAUUCCAUAAAUAACUAACUCAUAUAACAAAAAUGGUUAGUGUGACUAUCACUAUUACAUUGACUGUUGAGUGUUAUGUUUUUAAUGUAACCCUUUCUGUAUAACUUGCUGUUAAAUGCUCCUUAGUGGUGUCUUGACUUAAAUUUGAUCAUUUCUAUUUCUUGGUUUGGAUCCUGGAUUUUAAAUAAAGAGUAUACCCAGCCGG